CUCCGACAUAACUGCCACAUGCACCUCACCUCCAACUUUGGCAACCACAAACGUUGACAGCUCGGGAGCAUCCAGCAGCUCACGGCCGGCUGUUUGCCAUAACCCUUCUCAUCCCCUCCUUUUGCCUCUCCAAGCGUCCAAACCCCACCCACAAUUGCGUCCGCCGACUGAGCCAAUUCCCCGUGCGAGCGGAGCUGCCGCUACCCCCCGACCUCCACCAUGUCCUCCCCGUCCAUGUUGACCAAGUUCGAGUCCAAGUCUUCCAGGGCAAAGGGAAUUGCUUUCCAUCCAAAGAGACCAUGGAUCCUCGUUUCUCUACACUCCUCCACGAUCCAAUUAUGGGACUACCGCAUGGGCACCUUGAUUGAUCGCUUCGAAGAACACGAUGGUCCUGUGCGCGGCAUAGACUUCCACAAGACACAACCCUUGUUCGUGUCCGGCGGCGAUGACUACAAGAUCAAGGUCUGGUCCUACCAGACACGGAGAUGUCUCUUCACCCUUAACGGGCACUUGGAUUAUGUCCGCACCGUCUUCUUCCACCAUGAGCUACCCUGGAUAUUAAGUAGCUCAGACGACCAAACCAUUCGUAUAUGGAAUUGGCAAAACCGCUCUUUGAUCUGUACAAUGACCGGUCACAACCAUUACGCCAUGUGCGCACAAUUUCACCCCAAGGAGGACCUCAUCGUAUCCGCCUCGCUCGAUCAGUCCGUCAGGGUGUGGGACAUUUCAGGCCUGAGGAAAAAACAUUCCGCACCUACCGCCAUGUCCUUCGAAGACCAGAUGUCACGGGCGAACCAGAACCAGGCAGAUAUGUUCGGAAAUACCGACGCUGUUGUCAAAUUCGUGCUAGAAGGUCAUGACCGGGGCGUCAACUGGGUUGCUUUCCACCCUACGCUGCCCCUGAUCGUGUCUGCUGGAGAUGAUCGCCUGGUGAAGCUCUGGAGAAUGUCAGAAACCAAGGCAUGGGAGGUGGACACUUGUAGAGGGCAUUUCCAGAAUGCCUCCGCUUGUCUUUUCCAUCCUCACCAGGACCUCAUCCUCUCGGUUGGUGAGGACAAGACGAUCCGGGUAUGGGACCUCAACAGGCGGACUUCAGUUCAAUCAUUCAAGAGAGAGAAUGACCGCUUCUGGGUCAUUGCGGCGCACCCUGAGAUUAAUCUUUUCGCCGCUGGCCACGAUAAUGGAGUCAUGGUAUUCAAGUUGGAACGCGAACGGCCAGCAUCCGCAGUCUAUCAGAACCAGCUCUUCUACAUCACCAAAGAGAAGCAUGUCCGGUCAUAUGAUUUCCAGAGGAAUAUCGAAUCCCCCUCAAUGCUCUCGUUGAAGAAACUUGGCAGUCCCUGGGUACCCCCGCGAACGCUGUCAUACAACCCCGCCGAAAGGUCCAUCCUCGUUACGUCACCCGCAGACGGUGGGACCUAUGAGCUGAUUAGCCUACCUCGGGAUACUUCGGGUGCGGUCGAACCAACAGAUACAAAGCGUGGAUCUGGCAAUUCUGCUGUUUUUGUUGCACGCAACCGUUUUGCGGUGUUCAGCCAAGCUAACCAGCAAAUCGACAUCAAAGAUCUCUCCAACUCUACCACAAAGACGAUCAAGCCUCCCCACGGCACUACGGACAUUUACUUUGGCGGAACCGGCAACCUGCUUCUGAUCACACCUACCCAUGUCAUUCUAUACGACAUUCAGGCUAAGAAGAACCUUGCCGAACUGGCUGUCAACGGCGUCAAAUAUGUCGUGUGGUCUUCAGACGGACUUCACGUUGCUCUUCUGAGCAAGCACAACGUGACCAUUGCGACAAAGAAUCUGGAGCAAGUGAGCACGCUACAUGAAACCAUCCGUAUCAAGAGCGCGACCUGGGAUGAUACCGGUGUCCUCCUCUACUCCACCCUGAACCAUAUCAAGUAUAGCUUGAUGAAUGGCGAUAAUGGUAUUGUUCGCACGCUGGAACAUACUGUGUACCUCGUCAGGGUAAAAGGGCGCAAUGUCUACUGUCUGGACCGAGCUGCCAAACCCAAGGUUCUACAGAUCGAUCCCACUGAAUAUAGGUUCAAGCUAGCUCUCGUCAAGAGGAACUACGAUGAGAUGCUAAACAUCAUCAAGACCUCGAGCCUUGUUGGUCAGAGCAUCAUUUCGUAUCUUCAGAAGAAGGGUUACCCAGAAAUUGCGCUCCAAUUCGUCCAAGAUCCGCAGACCCGUUUCGAGCUGGCCAUAGAAUGCGGAAACUUAGACGUUGCCGUGGAGAUGGCUAAACAACUGGACCGACCCAAGUUGUGGCAACGCCUCAGCACGGAAGGUCUUGCACACGGCAAUCACCAGGUGGUUGAGAUGACUUACCAGAAACUCCGCAACUUCGACAAGCUCUCCUUCCUCUAUCUGGUAACAGGAGACCAAGAGAAGCUCAAGCGCAUGGCGAAGAUUGCUGAGCAUCGCGGCGACAUCACGGCUCGUUUCCAAAAUGCCCUGUACCUUGGCGAUGUACAGAACAGGAUAGAGAUGUUCCAGGAAAUCGACCUCUACCCUCUCGCCUAUGCCACCGCCAAAGCCCAUGGACUCGAUGAACAGGCCCAAUCAAUACUAGAGGCGAGUGGACUCACUGAAGAUCAAAUCAACCUACCCUCCGUUGGCAAGCCCCUAAGCCCUGCAAGGCCAAUUGUUCCCACAUUCAAGGCGAACUGGCCUGCUCGGGGUGCCUCGUCCACCAUGUUCGAGAAGGCUCUUCUCGGUGAGGUGGAGGGUGUCGGUGCAGAGGAACCUGCGGCGAACGCUUACGGCGAAGAAGAUCUUCUGGGCGAACCAGAAGCUCCUGGUGUGCCAGCAGGCGAGCUUGGGGGCGAAGAUGAGGACGACGUCGCCGGAUGGGAUAUGGGAGAUGAGGGUGAAGGGGAGGCGGAAGAGGACUUCGUCGAGGUCGAAGGGGCAGAGGCCGGCGCGGGCAGCAGUGAGGCUGAUCUGUGGGCGCGAAACUCACCUUUGGCAGCGGAUCACAUCGCUGCUGGUUCUUUCGAGACAGCAAUGCAGCUGCUGAACAGACAAGUUGGCGCUGUCAAUUUCGCACCACUCGAGGGCCGGUUCGAGGAGAUAUAUCAAGCAACCCGGACAUUCCUGCCCGCCACCCCCAACAUGCCUUCGCUUGUCAACUAUGUCAGGCGGACAGUUGAAGAGACGGACUCGCGCAAGAUCCUCCCCAUCAUCCCUAGGGACCUGGAGUCCAUCCUCACUGGCGAAUUGCAAGCGGGCAAACAGGCAAUGGUGAAGAACCAAUUGCAGGAUGGCGUCGCUGUUUUCAAGAAAUUGCUUCAGCUCCUCAUUGUCAAUGUUGUGUCAUCGCAAGCUGAACUUUCCGAGGCAAAGAAGGCUAUCCACACAGCUGCACAGUACAGUCUCGCCAUGUCCAUUGAGCUUGCUCGCCGCGAACUUGUCAAGGGUGCCACGGACAUCUCUGGUCUCCCCGAUGACACGAAGAAGCGCGCCCUAGAACUGUCCGCGUACUUCACCAUCCCCGAGCUUGAAGGCCCGCACAAAGCCAUCCCACUCUCUGCGGCGAUGAACUUCGCCAACAAAAACAAGCAGCUCAACACGGCGCUCAACUUUGCCAACGCCCUGCUCGAUAGAACCGGCAGCGCUAAGCUCAAGGAGCAGGCGAAGCGUGUCAAGACUGUGGCUGAGAGGAAUCCGGCGGAUGCCAUCGAGAUUGAUUUCGAUCAAUUUGCCGACUUUGAGAUUUGCGCGGCUUCGUAUACACCUAUCUAUGGGGGCAGUCCCUCUGUGGCGUGUCCGUAUGAUGGUUCGAAGUAUCACGGCAAGUACAAGGGGACCGUGUGCAGGAUUUGUGAGAUUUGUCAGAUUGGAGCACCGGCUAGUGGGUUGAGGCUGGUCGGUUGAAGAUGUGGUGCAGUGUAGGGUAGUCCCAGAGAGUUGGGGGUGGGAAGCUGCUGGUAGGGUGGGGGAAGUGGAGAUAUGGGUGAUGGAUGAGGCAUCUACCUUUGGGAAUAUAGAUAUGCGGUCGGUGGUGAAGAGAGCCGUGGAGUGAUAGGGGAAGAGCUAUGAAGUUUUGUGCUCGUGCAUUGAUUGAUUGAUAGAUGGAUGUUAGCGAGCGAACGAGAUGACAGGGGUUGAGCGGGUUUGCUAGUCGUCAAAAUGUUAUGUAUGCGCAAUGAAGAGCAUGUCCACGAAGUUCCGUGUCUCUAUUUUUGAACUUGC